GGAUGCGGGUGUUGGGGUGCAGAGCCCGGGGCUGGCAGGGGUGCGGGGUGCUGCUGGUGGUGAGCCACCCCUGCAGGUCGCCCCUCUCUGCGCCGGGGAUGUGGUCUGGGAGCUGCCAGGCAACUUUGGAUAGUUGGGUAAAGCAAAUGCAAUAGCUGGGGGUGCAGGUGCCUGGGGGUUGCAUGCAAGCUGGGGUGGCAGCGGUGCUGUGGCUGGUGCUUGGCAGCGGCCAGGCUGGCAGAGCCAUGCCAGCUCUCUGGGUGGGACUUGGAAUGAACUGUUUUGUUGAAAAAGACUGUGGAAAGGAGGAGCCCCAAGAAUUUCUGAGGUUGGUUUUGUUCAAGAAGGAAAUACCGGAGGGGGUGCGGUUUUGGUGCAGCCGGGACGAUAACCAGAGGCGAUGGGGUGGCACAGGACAGCAUCCGCGGUGAAGCUCCUUUUCCAACGGUGCCAAACCCUUCCAGCCAACCCAGCUGUGCCGUUCACUCGCGGGGUGCUCAGGGAUGCUGUGCUGGUCUCACACCGCUGCUCCAGCCGCUCGCAGUCAGGAGAGGAAAAACUCCCCAGGUGCCCAGGUCUGGUGCCCAGCCAGGACCGAUAACUGGGGUGGGGGCUGCGGUCGCCCAAGGAGCACAGUCCCCCGGGUGUGCCGGUGGCCUGUCCCCAUCCCCACAGAGGGCUGUCCCAGCACGCUGACCCAUGUUGCUUGCUCUGAUCGAGGGGCACUUGGCUUACUCCAGCAUAGCAUAUUGCCUAAUCUCCUGUCAAUAAUUAAUUGCGGCAAGACCUGUGAAGAAGGCCACUUUCCGGUAGGCUGGGAUGGCACAGAGGUGCAGCACAGCAGGACUCAGCCGCGGAGGCAUGAUGAGUGUUUUUCUGCCACCGCCUUGCUUCGACUCGCCAUUUCCAGGGAAAUGUGAUUAUCCCUGGCGUCAGCGCAGCCCCACGAGGCGCCUGCCGGGGGAUGAUGCUCGGACAUAGUGUGGCCCGGCCCUGACCCGAAGUGUCUUCCUGAGCACGGAGGAAAUGCCGCCAACGAGGCGAUGGCACGGUUUGGGCUGGGCCGGGGCUGGGCAGUGGGUGCCUGUGUCCAUGUCGGUGUCUCCCGAGGGUCCGUGCCACCGGGGGAGGCAGAUACUCGCCCCGCUGGGGCGGUGAGUGGGUGUGGAGCUGGGCACGCAAUAAACUGGUUUCUCCGUCUGCCAGACUGACUUGUUUUGCCCAUCAGUGGGAUGGAAGUGGCUUCAAAUGCCAGGCUGGGCUUUUCAGGACGAGUCUAAAGGAGACUGUUUUUUCUUAAAAUGUAUAAAAUUCAGCCUGCAAAUCACAGUCUGUGGCUUGCUGAUAAAUACUGCUCUUACUCAGCUCCCACCUUCCUCUGGGCACUUGGAUUUUGCCCUGUCGACAUGAGAGUUUUAUUGGCAGGACAGCUACCAUGCCGUACAGCUCCCCAAGCUCCCUCCUGCCCUGCAUCUUCCCCCCGCCUGGGCUUGGAUUGCAAAAGCUCCCGUAGCUUUUUCCUUUUUUUUUUUUUUCUUUCUUUUCUGGUAUAAGAUGGUUGUAGAGAGAAAAAGGCUUUAAUUUGGUUUGAGUGCUGGUGCUGUGUGGGGACUUUAAGAGGAGUUUGUACUUCCCCUUCCUCUUCCCUCCCACCUCCAGACCCAGAUCAUGUUCUGGCAGCUUGCUCAAAAUCAAAGGCUUUCUUAAAAAAAAUAAACAGCAAGAGAAUUGACCCUUUAAAGGUGGAAUAUUCCCUCUUAGUUUUUUCAAACCCGGAUGGUCUGCCUAGGCAGGAAUACCAGACCCAGCCCAGCUGUCCUGUGCAGCCUCUGUGGGUAGUUCUCACAGCGUUUAACCGAGCGGGUCCGUGUCACAGGACCGUGUCUCUUCUGGGCUCUGCGCCUGUGGAUGUACCAGCACCGGGAAGCUCGGCUCCAGCUCCAUGGAGCCAAGUGCCAGCAAUCAGAUUUCAUCCUCUCUUGUGUGCAUUACUGAGGUGUUUUGGAGUUUUCACCAGUGACAGCGUUGCACAGAUGUUGCACAAGUCCUGAAUGCAAGUGCCUUUCCCAGGAGGGCUUGUCGCAAGGAGGAACCUUCCAGAAGGAGGAAGGGGAAACGGUUAUUGGAGGGAAACCAAAGUGUUCCCAAGGCUGCAGAUGUCAGCCCCAGAACAAGCCCCGGUGCCGCUAGGCCAGCUUCAAAGGAGCUGAAAGGCUCCUGGAGGCUGAGCGUGACCUUGGGUCCCUCUCUGGGUGCUCCCGCUGGCUGUGGUUCAGCAGCAGCUUGGCACCCCCGGCCCCUUGCUGCUGCUGUCCCCCCUGCCCCCCCUGCUUCUGCCCUCCCACUGCUGGACCUGCUGUGCCGGACCCUGGGAGCUCCUGCAGCAAGCUGAGCCUGCAGCAGUGGGAGUCUGUGCCUCUGCCCUGGGCUCCGACUUAGCUGCAGCCGAUUCCUGACCUCCUAGGGAAAGCCAAGCAGGAAUUCUCCCUCUUAGCAUUGCGAUUUGCAGAAGGACAGUCUCCCCAGGCUGGCGCAGGGGGGAUAUUUGCCUCUGCAGGGGUUUCCCCUCCUGCAGCCAUGCUCAGGGCAGACCACAGCUCCGCACGCUGCUGUCUCCUUUCCCAGCAGCCAGGGGUUUUGCAGGUGCUCACGACCCUGGGGGGUCUCAGCGAGAGCAGCCCCCAGGCACAGGGUCUGCAGCCCCAUGCCAGUGCUGUGUAGCCUUCAUUGUCUUGCUGGGGAUCAGCGGAGCACCCCUUGGUGCCCUUGGGCAGGAGACACAGCGCCCCACUCCCCCUCCGGCCUUUUUAUUGCUUAUAGGUGCUCUCCUAUAUUUUUAUUGUUUUUUCAGUUAUUUCAUUUCAGUGCGAAGCAUUUUUUCUACAUCAGUUGGCAGUCAGGCAGCACCAAAACCUCUGUGGUGGCCCCAACCUUUUUUUUUGUGGCAGACCCAGAGCAAAGAAAGAGCUCUCGACCUCUGUGCAGCGUCUGGGCUGCAGAAACGGUUUUCUUCCAAUGACCGUGACCUUCUUGCAGUCAGAGGCUGGGGAUACUCUGGCUCUCCACUGGCCCCAGCACAGGUCUGGGCUUUGUGAACUCUCACCAAUGGCUGGCAGCCAGCACCGAGGAUGCCGACGGCAAACGGCCCGGCGGUGCUGCUGGGCAGCCUCCAGCAGCAGCUGGAGCUGCGCCUGGUCUGCUCCAAGUGCAGCAUCAAGGAGAACGAGAUCACCUACCAGCUGCGAGAGGUGGAGCACAGGUGCAUGUAUGAGAUCCUCCUGGCUCGCUGCCACAGCCGUCGGAGCUCAGCCUGGAGGAAGGUGUCCAGGCGGCCGGGCUUCCCCAACCCGGCCCGCUACGCCGUCUGCAGGUACUACACAGCGGGGCUGGGCUGCAGCAGGCACAAGAGCCAGUGCACCUUCGCCUGGAGCUCGGAGGAGGCCAUAGUCUGGAACUUUGAGAGGGAGCAGCAGCUGGAGCGGCGCCAGCUGAAGGCAGCAGUGCUGCAGGAGCAGCUGGAGGGUCACCCCGCCACCACCCCCAACCCCACGGCCAGCGCCGCCAGCGAGAUCGCCAGCGAGUUCGGGGGGCAGUUCCAGGAGAUCUGCAAGCGUUGCUUCUUUGGCUGCCCCCAGCGGAUCUCAGUGGGUGGCCAGGGGCGGCUCUGCAAGUCCCACCGGACCUGGGACCCCCUCCUGGUGCACGUGGUGUCAGACAGCCGGAGGAAGCAGCAGUACUCUGCCAUCCGGCCCUUCCCCGAGUUCAUGCCAACCCUCAGCUACUGCAGGUUCGUCUCCAAGGGCCAGCCCUGCAAGCACGGCCCGCAGCGCUGCCGGUACGCACACAGCGACGUGGAGAUGGCCAUCUGGGAGGCCGAAAGGGAGCAUGGCCUGGUUCGCUCUGACCUGCUGCCGGCCGUGGGGACCAGCAGCACCAAUGGCGAGCUGGUGGCACCCACGCCGAUGCAAUUCUACUGCCGGGUCUGCCUGGUGACCUUCAGCUCGCAGGAGAGCUUUGAGAGCCACUGCGCCUCCGUGGAGCACGUGCAGAUGCUCUCGGAUGACAGCUCUGUCCAGUGGGUACACCGCACGCCACCGCUCGGGCUGACCAAGUUCUCGCUGUGUAGCAGAGCAGAGGUGUGUGAGAUGGGGAACAGCUGCACCAAGGCUCAUUCCCCUGAGGAGCUGCAGGAGUGGAUCCAGAGGGUGAAGGUUGCUGUGAAGAAAAAGAAGCAAGCGCUGAAGGAAGGGCUCUUGUCGUACCAGGACCGGCUCAUCGCUGAGUAUCAGAUGUGCUCCAACGAGGUGUUGAUUAUGGCUGAGCACGUUGAGGGUGUCAGAGUUGUGUGUAAGCAGCCCCUGCACGUGCAGUCGGAGGACAGGAAGAUGAAAUACUGCUGGAAGUUCAAGGUCCACUCCCAGAUGCCUCUGCAGCACGUGGCGCUACUGAAGCGGGAACCUGGAGUCAACUUCUACCUCUCGGGGAAUGGGCUUUCCCGGGGCCUCCACUACAUUCGGGGGGAGCACGUGGCCACCCUGGCCUCCUCCCCACCCGCCGCGCUGGUGGAGGUCUGCAUGGAGUGCUGCACGCUGGGCAUCUUCGAGCAGUGGGUGGUCUUUGACUUUGGCAAACGCCCUGUCCUCAUGCAGAAGAUCAAGGUGAAGGUGGGCCGGCGGGAGACCCCCCAGCACAUCCCCAGUAGCAGGGAGAGCAGCCGCCCCGUCAACUUUGUGCGAUGGGAUAGAGGUAACCGGAUCAUUGUUCCCAGCGUGCCAAGGACUGGUGAAGACAUGGCUCUGCUGGCUAAGUACAAACCUCCUGCUCUUGCGCUGGACUACCAAAGUGAGGGUGGUGCCACUGUUCCCAUCACCCGCCUCAACUAUCGCGAGAGGAUGCACAGAUUCCUUUUCCGUGAGGAAGAAGCUGAACAGGCCCUGGUUGCCAAACUCAACCUGCGGGUCCUCAUCAUGCUGACCCCCAUGCUGCAAAGCCUCUCUGUGGGGAUGAAGUUUGCCCUCUCUGGUGAGCUGUUUGCUGAAGUGCCUACCCCUUAUAACCUCUCGCCGGACACAGAUGAGGGGUAUCUGCUGAGCAGGUCUGUGCCCACCGCUUUCCUGGCACUUGACCCACCUGUAGACAAUCGGGUAUAUGAGGUUAGUGUGGAGCAUAAAGCCACCACAGAGAAGACCAUCUGGCUACAGAUACCAAAGAGAUGCUGCUUAGAGUUGAAAUUCAAGCCAAACACCUCCCACAAGGUGGAGAUCCAGUUCCAAAUCGACCAGCUGCUGUUCCGGCAGUGGCAUCAGGCUGUGGACCGCCUGUUGGAUGAGAAGCUGGUCCUACCAGAUGUUGCCAGUUGCUCUGUCCCCUACUCUCUUGGAUCACCACAGAAAGGGAACAGCAAGCAGAAACUAGCCAUCUCCUUCAUCACGGGCCAGGCAACCACCAGCCGGCAGGUCCCACCUCUUCUCAUCUACGGGCCCUUCGGCACCGGGAAGACGUUCACCUUGGCCAUGGCCACCAUGGAGAUCCUCAGACAGCCCAAAACACGGGUGCUGAUCUGCACUCACACUAACAGUGCUGCUGACAUCUAUAUCCGGGAGUAUUUCCAUCACUAUGUAACCAACGGGCAUCCGUGGGCUGUUCCCUUGAGGAUUAUAUCCACGGACCGUCCCAUCAACCUGACGGACUCCAUCACGCAGAUGUACUGCUGCAUCUCACCAGACCAGCGCUCCUUCCGCCACCCCACGCAGGUGGAGAUCGACAGGCACCGCAUCAUUAUUACCACCUCCAUGUUAUCCAAGAACUUGAAAGUUGCCCCUGGUUACUUCACCCACAUCAUGAUCGAUGAGGCUGCUCAGAUGCUGGAGUGCGAGGCUUUGGUUCCACUCUCCUACGCCACUUUUGAGACCCGGAUUGUCCUUGCUGGGGACCACAUGCAGAUAACCCCAAAGCUGUUCUGUGUUGAGGAUGGACAAUCUGCUGAUCACACCCUGUUAAACCGACUCUUUCAGUUCUACCAGAAAGAGAAGCAUGAAGUGGCCAUGAAAAGCAGGAUCAUCUUCAACGAGAAUUAUCGUUCCACUGCGGGCAUAAUUGAGUUUGUCUCCAAGCACUUCUACAUCGGCAAAGGCAAUGCUAUCCAAGCCAGCGGGAACAUCCCACCCCAUCCCGAAAUCUACCCGCUCGUGUUCUGCCACGUGUCUGGCGUGGCUGAAAGAGAUAUGUCCAUGAUUUCUUGGCACAAUGCCUCUGAGAUAAUACAAGUGGUUGAGAAAGUGAAGGAGAUCUAUCAGAGGUGGCCAGAUGAGUGGGGUGUCCGAGAUCUGAAGAGGAUCUGCGUGGUCUCCCAUGGGAUGCAGGUUUCUGCAACAAGACAAGAGCUGAGGAAAAAGCAACUGCAAGAAGUGGUGGUAGAAAACUAUGAAAACUUGCCAGGGCGGGAAUUCCGGGUCAUCAUCAUCAGCACAGUCCACACCAGUGAAAGCCUGCGCCUCUCAGCCUCCCACCACCUCGAGUUCUUCAACGAAGCCAGAGUGCUCAACACCAUCAUGACCCGGGCUCAGUCACUGGUUGUUGUGGUGGGGGAUGCCGUCGCCUUGUGCUCCCAUGGCCAGUGCAGCAAGGUGUGGAAACGCUUUAUCCAGCAGUGCAUCGAGAAGGGGAGCAUCUUCCCGGAGAACCUGACGAUGGCUCAGAUAAAACAGGCUGCAUGUGACAAAGAGAGCUGGAGCAAGAGGAGCCCGGAGGGCGAUGAGGAGGACAGUGACACGGAUUCCUGGAGCUCUGAGGCUGAGAGCAUGAAUCCCGAUGAUCCUAUCCUCCAGGAGCUCUUAGAUGAGAGCAAGAACGUGCUGGUGACGGUGUCUGAAGAAGGGCUGCUGAACGUGAAGUCUGAGGCUUCAAACCUGUGGAAAGACAGGCAGGAAUACGUCAGCUUCUCUUCUCGGAUGAUGCAGGAGUAUCUGCACAUGCACCCUAAAAUGUACAAGAGAUGCGAGCUGAUCAAAGAAGGGUUUGACAGAGCUUCUGCCUUCACCCUCAACGACUCCCCUGCGAUGACCAUUCAGAUCAAAGGCAGAGUUCACUGCGGGACAGCCUUCACGGGGGACGAGGUGCUCGUGGAAAUCCUGCAGAACAUCACGGCUGACAGCGGCAGCCACCGCCCUCAGGGGAAGGUGGUGGGCAUCUUAAAGCGCGCAGAGAGAGAAUGGACCUUCAUCUGCAUGAUGGAUGAAUUUGAUCCCCGGGUGAUGAUACCCAUCGAUCCCACUGUCACCAAAAUAUUCGUCCCAGGGCUGAAGGAGAAACCCAACGUCAUUCCCAUCCGCAGGCUUGUCAAUGGGAAGUACAGAGUGAUCAGCUGUGAGAAGAUCAGCCAGGAGAUGAGGAGAUGCCAGUUAUUCUGCGUCCAGGUUAUCUCCUGGCGGGAAGGGUUUUACUACCCUUUGGGAAUAAUAACGGAGAUUCUGCAUGCAGCGUUGACAUUGGAAGAAGGCUUAAAGAUCCUCAACUUGGAGUACAGUUUGGAGAAGAAAUACCCAUCUGCUGUCACCAAGGAGUUGGCCAAAUAUGCCUCCAGCAGCAAACUAAACUUCGCCAAGGAAAACCUGAAGGACUGUCGGAAUUACCUGACCUUCACUGUCGACCCCAAAGGUGCCAGGGAUUUGGAUGAUGCUGUCAGUGUUAGGGAUCUCGGGCAUCACUAUGAGAUUGGGAUCCACAUUGCAGACGUGGCUGCCAUCAUUCCCAAAGGCAGUGCCUUGGACCUGGAAGCAAAGAAGCGGGGUGUCACCUACUACGCUCCCAGCCAGGAGCCUCUGAGCAUGUUCCCACCCCACAUUAGCCAAGAUGUCUGCAGCCUCCUGCCACAGAAAGAUCGGCGUGUGAUCUCCUUAUUUGUCACGGUAGAAAAGACAACGGAUCGGAUGUUAAAGGGAGUCUUCACCAUCUCUGUGAUCUGCUCGGACAGGCAGCUGUCCUAUGAAGAGGCAGAGCUCUGCAUUAAGAGCCACUACAGAGGAGCGUCAGAGCCCCUGCGUUUCGAUACCCUGGAGGACUGCAUAGCUGUGGCUUAUCACUUCUCCAGGAUCCAUCGGAAGUUUCGGCUGCAGGAGGACUGUUUCUAUGACCGGCUGGAUGAGGAAAGCUCCCCAGGUAACAGGGGGUCCCAUCAGAUGAUAGAGGAGUUAAUGAUCAUGUUCAACAGUUUUGUGGCCGAGUUCCUCACCAACCAGGAGGACACGAGAAAUGCCACUCCUCUCCGGUGUCAGUGUGAGCCGAACCCUCAACAGUUAUCACUCAUGAAAAACAAGUACAACCACAUCCUUCCUUUGUCCAUCCAUCUCUCGCACCACCUGGGAGAAGUGCCUCCCAGCCAAGACUCCUCUAAAAAUGUGAAGUUCAGUUUCCUGGCCCCCAUCUGGCAGCACCUGCAGUCAGCUGCUAAUCGGCGUGACUUCCACAAGAUGCUAGACCUUGUCGUUACUGAUGACAUCCACCCAAAGCUGGCCCCCGUGGCCCUGGAGUUCAGGAGGCUACUUGGCCGCUCCUAUUUCAGUCGCUCCAACUCCACUGUCCAGUCGAAAGUGGGCCAUUACUCCCUGCACGUUGACUCGUACACCUGGGCUUCCUCUCCCAUCCGCCGGUACGUGGAUGUUGUGGUCCAGCGGCACCUUCAUUCUGUGCUCCACAAGAAGCCCAUCGUCUAUUCUUCGGAUGACAUUGAGUUUCUCUGUCGUGACUUCAACAAGAAGAAUUCCCAGGCAACGACGUAUGAGAAGAGAGCCCACUGCCUGCAGAUGGCCACCCAGCUGAAGGACCAAGCCCUGCAGAAGGUCGCCUUUGUAGUGGAUAUUGAAGGGAUGAACAAGUAUUUUAAAGCCCUGUUUCCACUGAACAAGGAGAGUCUUCCAGAUCCCCAGAGAAUUAGCUACAGGUCUCUUCAGCUGAUAGAGCAGCCCGUGUUCAUCGAGGAGCGGAACAGCAUCAAGCUCAUGUGGAAGAGGAGGGUGUACUCCAUGCAGACAAUGAAGGAGCACAGCCUGCGGGAAGGACCUCUCUGCGACUGCAGCGUCACCCUCUUCAGCACCCAGACUUGGCAAAACGUGCUCACGGCCAUCAGGAGAGAGGAGUUUGAGACCGCUGCCUCGCUCCUGGAGAAGAGCAAGGAGCUGUACCGGCGGCACGUGGGCCGGAUCAGGAGGAGCCCAUGCUCACACUACAUGGAGGUGUCCCUGGAGCUCAGCGCCGGCGACGUGCUGCAGUUCCAGCUCACCACCGAUGUCUACCGGGGCUUCCUGGUGCCCUUUGUGCAGCUGUGGUGCGUGAUGCCAGGCUUCGACAUCUGCCUGCAGCACGCAGAAAAGCCUGUUGAAUGCUUCUCUGCCUACGCCACCCUGCCAUCCAAAGACAAGUACAAGCACGUAACGGAGUACAGCAAGGUGUGGAUGCAGAUGAGCGCCAUAGAGUCUGCUUCGUGUGCGGUGGACAAAAAUGACUCGAUUAUCCUCCAUGAUGUGCAGAUAACCUGGGCGAGGCAAAGGACAAGCAAAGGACAGCUGCAAGGCAGUUUCCUCCUAAACAAAACGUUUUUGGAGGAGUGCUCUAUUGAAGUGGACUUCAACCACUGUUACUUGUGCAUUCGCUUGGGUGGGCUGAAGCUUGGGAGCCUUCAAAGCGAUGAGGAAUGCCUUAGCCAUGGCCUCCAGAAUCUGACUCUUCUUAACAAGGACAGCUCGGAAGGCAGACUUGUGGUUGAUCCAGAUACCUACACCUGGGUGGCUCACGGGGUCACUGAAGAGUUCAGCGACAACGCCAAGUCAGACAGGACUAGUCAGCACACUCUGACCUUUUACAUUCACUCUAUGUCUAUGAGGAACAUCCCUGUGGAAAUCUCACAGGCGUCUGCCACGUUCACAGUGGAGCUCAUACCAAAGAUGCUGCCAGAUAUACGGAAAGAAAAGGCAAUCUGGAGGCUCAAGCAUGCCUCUGAGCUUGCUAAAAGCAUUGCCCUUGGCCAUGAACCUCCUAAAAAAGAGACAGUGUCCAAAAUCCUGCAGCAAAAAUGCUUUGAUCUCCCUGGCAGCCACAGGAAGCUUAACCAGAGUCAGAACCAGGCUAUUCUAAAUGCUCUGAGAAAACCCUUCACGCUCAUCCAAGGCCCACCAGGCACAGGGAAAACCAUUGUUGGAACUCACAUUGUCUACUGGUUCCAUAAGCUGAAUGACGAUACCGUCAAGGAGCAAACACUUUCCCCUGAAGAAAAGCCCAAGGGGCAAAAGUGCAUCUUGUACUGUGGCCCAUCCAGGAAGUCUGUUGAUGUUGUUGCUGAGAUGCUGCUGAAGAUGAAGAACCUGAAACCGCUGAGGGUGUAUGGGGAGGCCGUUGAGGCAAUGGAAUUCCCGUACCCGGGGAGCAACCGGCAUUUCUCCCGCAAAGCCUUGCGGGAUGCAAAACCAAAGCGUGAGCUCAGCGAAAUAAUCCUGCAUCAUCGCAUCCGGCGGCCACCCAACCCUUUCUGUCAGUAUAUCUGUAACUUUGACGCUCGGAUGAGGAGAGGAGAGCAGAUAACAGAAGAAGAAACAAGGAAGUACAAAAAUCAGUUGUCGGCUGCUCGUAUGUUUGAACUGGAGGCCCAUGAUGUCAUCCUGUGCACGUGCUCUGCUGCAUCGGCCACCUCCCUGGAGCAGCUCAAUGUCAAGCAGAUAAUCAUUGAUGAGUGUGCCAUGUCCACAGAACCCGAGACCCUCAUCCCCUUGGUCAGCCACCCCCGUGCAGAGAAGGUUGUUUUGCUUGGGGAUCACAAACAGCUGCGGCCUGUGGUCAAAAAUGACCUCUGCAAGAGUCUUGGCAUGGAGACAUCCCUUUUUGAGCGCUACCGGAAUCAGGCGUGGAUGCUGGAUACACAAUACCGCAUGCACAAAAGCAUUUGUGAGUUCCCGUCGCAGGAGUUUUAUGAAACGCGGCUGAAAACAUGCCCCCAGCCUCAUCAUAAACGCAGUGUCUUCCACCACAAAAAUAACAACUGCUGCCCGAUCAUCUUUGGGCACAUGGAAGGGAAGGAGCAGAGCCUCAUGAUUUCUACUGAGGAAGGAAAUGAGAACUCCAAAGCUAACCUAGAAGAAGCGAUGCAGGCGGUGAGGAUCGCGAAGCAGCUGACACUAGAUGGCACCAUCCAGCCGGAGAGCAUCGCCAUCCUGAGCCCCUACAGCGCCCAGGUGUCUGAGAUCGGCAAGAGCCUUCAGAAGGAGGGCAUCAGCGGAGUGACCGCCUGCACCAUCAACAACAGCCAAGGAAGUGAGUGGAGAUACGUGAUCCUGUCGACUGUACGCUCCUGCCCCCGAUCAGAGAUCGAUAGGAAGCCCACCAAGAGCUGGCAGAAGAAGUACCUGGGGUUCGUUACCGACCCAAACCAGGUCAACGUCGGCAUCACGCGCGCUCAGGAAGGACUCUGCAUUAUAGGGAACCGGUACCUCCUGGAGUGCAACCCGUUGUGGAAGAAACUGCUCCAGCAUUACAGACAGCACAACUGCGUCACUGCAGCCCAGGGGAUCCUCGUCAGCAAGGUUUCAGCCUUCCGCCGAUGAGGAUGGUUUGUACCUUGAUGAGCUUGUCCCGCUCUGCCUGAACUGCGUUACGUGUGCCUUGGGAAGGACACAAUCUUUCCAUUGUUUAAUGACCUACAGAGCCAAAUGCAGCGGGGGAGCCAGGAUCUGCCCCUGCUUGGUGACAGCUCAGCUUCAGUGCGUGCUUUGGCAUCUUGGGUUUUUUUUAAUCAGUGCAACCUUGGACAGGACCUUUCAGCUGUAGCAAACCAAAAAGCAUUUGAAAUGGAUGGCUGGGUCUGUGACUUUGAUGAUGAUACUAUUUUUUUAACUGUAAGAUUUUCAGCGGAGCCCCCAUCCUCUCUGCCAGUGCAGCUGCACUUUGGGGACCAAAUACUCAGUCCAUUCGCAUGAAGGGUGGAACAACCGCGCAACGGAGCCACACGGCAAGCUGCGAUUUGCCAUAGAGGACCAAAGCUUCUGAGUACUACCACUCCUUUUAAAACCAAGGCCAGGGAAUUUUUAAGACUUCUCAUUUCUCAAAGCAGAAAACCAAUUUUGUUUCUGUUUUUCUGUUGUUUUGGUUCUUUUUUAAAUGAAGGAAAAAAGCAAAGAGACAACGAUGCACCACUCUUUGUCUAACCGAAAUGCUGUUCUCUAAGCAUGUAAAUAUCACAGAGCCAAGGCCAAGUUGAUUUUGUAAAUAGAUGUACUUAUUCUUUGUACAAAGGAUGUUGUCCUCACCAGUAUAAAGUUAAUGAAAAGUGAGGACCACUCCUACCAGGAAACAUUGGAAUUUGUAAGCAUAUUUUAAACUGUUCUGAGUUUUAUCUGAAAUCUCCUACAAGAGGCCCCCCCUUUCCUACCCAAUAUUUUUUUAAAGCUGCUUCUAAUUUAUUAUUUUUUAAUUCUGUGAAUUUGUUUCACAGUCUUAUGGCAUAAGUUUUUAAGAGCAGUGAUGGAAAUUUGUUAAAUAUACCACAACAUAUAUGUGUAUAAGGUUGUUGGGUUUUUUUAAUUGUAAGUAUCCAAACUGCUGUGAACUGGAAGCUGUGAUUCAUUAGAGAAGGCUGCUUUUGCCCAGUAACGUAUGGCUGAUACAGAUGUAUAGUGGUGAAGCGGUGCUCUCUGCUGAAUCAUGGAGCUGCUUUUUGAGGCAUGGUAGUUUUGAGGGAGGCUGUCUUUUAUCUCAUUUCAAUUCUGAAUGUAUGAAGUGCCUGCCUCAGCUCUCCUCAAGACCACACGCCUGGCUGUCUCUAGAUGUUCACGUGGGAUGGAGCCAGGAUGCAAUCGCAGUGGUUGUGCACCAAGGAUAUAGCGUGCUGGGACACGGGUCCUCCUCAGCAUAAGUGAGGGGUCCCCGUGACUUCACAGCACGAUGGCAGGGAUGAAUUUUAUGCUGUGUUUGCAACCGAAAAUGCAGCAUGGCUCUUCCCAGUGUGGUGGAAUGUGCAAUAAGAAAGUGUUGUAUCUGGAAGAGUCCUUGGGUAACGCUGUUUCUUCUCAUGCGUUUGUGUUAGACUUGACUCAAGAACCUAUGGAGAAAUUUUGUUGUUCUCUUCCUUAUUUGAAACUACCUUCCUGCACUUCUGCAUUUGGUGGGUUUGAUUUGUAUGCUAGAGACCACCCAGGCUUGCUCUUGUCUUUCUGAAGCAUGAUAACAAGCACGUGGUUGGUGACGCCAUGAGGGACAAAAGCCUAUGGGAAGUACUUCUUGCUGGUUCUAAAGGUGCUUGACAAAAGCUGGUAAGAUGUAAAGUUCAUUGUUCCUCUUUGAAGUUAUCGUGGCUGGGAUCUUAAAAGAUUCUAUGCUAGCCUGAUUUUGCAAAUAUUGCAAUUCCAAAAUAAGCUUGUAUGGAAAUCAUUUUGUAGACUACUGAAAUGCAAUCUCCAAGAUGAUGUGGAGAAUCACAAAAGGUGCUGGAAUUGUUGGGAUAAAUACUUUAUCAUGGUGCCAGCAUAAUUCCAAAAUGUCACCCUGGUCCCAUUAGAACCAGCAGGUCUCAUUUUCAUGACCUAAUGAAUAGUCUCUCCCCUGUUAUUUUUUUGCUGGUUAUUUCAUUACAUGUAACACAAACGAGGAGACUCACCCCAAGCGUAGUGGCUCUUAGCCCAACGCUCUUGUGUGAGGUUUAGCUGUGUGUUUGUAUAGACUGAGAAAGAGAUUUCACAAAGCAUCUCCCUUUGCCCUCAGCAGGGAAAAGAUGUUUACUGCUUCUCCUUGGAGGGUAACGGCUAGACUGAAUGCUUUGCAUGGUCACCUCUGUGUUGCAAGACAACAUACUUUUUGUUUUUAUUUUCCCCCUGAAGAUGCAUUUUGUGACUGGUGUUUAGAAAACGCUGCCCUAGACCACACAAGCAGCAGUAACAGCCAGGCUGGACUCGGGCUCUUUGGGCUGAGAGCAGGUACCUGUAGAGUUGGUCAUGCAGCUGCAAUAGUCAGGGAAUAGCAGAAAGUGCAAUUAAUCAACCUUUUUAUAGACUGUUAGUGAUGGCUAAAUAUCAUGUUCUUGUUCUUACGCUCAUAGAUAGAGAAUCAUAUAAAUGAAUAAGAGAAAAGAAGUUCAAAGUAGUCCGGUUUCAUUUGCACACAGAGCUUUGAAUUUACCUUUGAAUUUUAUGUUCAAGCACAUAUUCUUAAAAUACUUUAAAAAAAAUACGAAACCACCAAACCUUUGAUAAUUCCGAUAGGAAACCACUGGCAGCAUGGUGCACAGGGUAUCUGUCUGAUCACAGCCUCUAUGUUUUCCACAGCUCACAGAAGAAAGUAUUUUUGCAGGGCACAAAUGUCAGUUAAUCCAACAAGAUCAUUUCCUUGGCACUGACUAGAGCUUGAGGCCAAGCUGAACAAGGGGAACCUGCACACGCAGCAGGCAGUGUGCCAGGCAUCAGCCUGAGAUAGUCGGAGCGGUUGUAGCCAUUGCCCUGUGUCCUGCUCGGACUGGCAGUGAAAUUACAGACAUCCAGAACUAGGAAACCUCUCCUUGGCUCCAGCUGGCCAAGGAGAAGCCCACUGGACUGUUUUUGAGGAUUUGGACAGAUCUGUAUAGGACAAUCAAUUUACUGCAAUAAAUUGUUGGGAUUUUUUAAAAUGGAAAUGAAAUGUUAAGUGUCAUGAAGUGUAAAUUAAGGAACUCUAAAUGUGGCAGGUUUUUAUCUUUUGUAUGUCUGUGACUGGCAGCAAACCUCAGAUGAUGUUUUGGAUACAAAUAUUUUUACCUGCUUCUACCGUUUAUAAGAAUGAACCUCAACAUUCCUUUUUUGAUACUUAAGCCAUAAUUGUAAAAAUUAUUUGAAUUUAUUUAAAUAAUAA